CGCAGCUGCACACAAAAUCCUGACACGGGCGUCAAGAUGAAGUUGUUCGUUGUGCUGGUGAUGCUGUCCGCAUGUGCUGCAAAUCCUGAAGAUCUGUCGGGUAAAAUGCUCACCUUCCCAGUGGAAAGCAACACCGCUAACGCAAGGCUAACCGCAGCAAAGGAAGAUUUCAGCGCUAUAACCGUCUGUCACAGAACCUUCACAGACCUCAACAGGGACCAUGCGCUGUUCUCUAUGGCCGUAUCCUCUUCCUCUAACGCCUUCCUGAUUUUCUGGGAUGCCACCAACAAGGAGAUGGAGCCACACGUCAGGGACACAAAGGCAGAAUACAGAGGGUUCGACUACAAGCCAAACAUGUGGCACUCUAUUUGCACCACCUGGGACUCCCAGACUGGAUUUGUGCAGAUGUGGUUUGAUGGACAACCUUCGAUUAAGAAGUAUGUCAGCGCUGUAUCGAACAUCAGAGGAACCCCUAUCAUCAUUUUAGGACAGGAGCAGGACAGCUACGGCGGAGGGUUUCACGACAAGCAGUCCUUCGUCGGCAUGGUGUCUGACGUCCACAUGUGGGACUACGCCCUGUCGUCCUGCGAGAUCCAACGCUAUUUCAAUGAGCUGAACUUCACUCCGGGGAAUGUGCUGAACUGGGGGGCGAUGGAGUUCACGAAGACAGACAAAGUGAUAAAGGAAGAGAAAAUAGUGUGGUGUCACUGAAUGUUUUUAAAAACAGGAUCUUACAAUGUCAAAAACAGAGAUCCCUACUUAACACGACUGUGCUGUUCAUAAAUCUGCUGUCCUUUCUGUGCAAAACUGUAUCCAUCCCUAAUAAAACAGUAGAACUGACAAACCAAA